AUGAAAGCCAUCGUAAUAAGCAAAUUACUAAAAAUCAUCGAUGAACUUGAAGUUGAUCAGAAUGCGCCCGAACCUGAGUUAAAAGAAAAUCAAGUUUUAAUCGAGAUUAAAGCAUCCGCUCUUAAUUAUUUUGAUAUCUUACAGUUUGCAGGAGUAAUUAUUGCUGUUCAUCCUACGGUUAAUAAUAAAUAUAAACCUGGUGAUAAAAUUUUCGGUUAUGCUCAAGGAGCUUUUGCUGAACGCAUCGCUGUAGAUAUUCAAAACGUUCUUCCGAUACCUGAUGGUAUGAGCUUCGAAGAAGCUUCAGGAUUAUCUAUCACUUAUCCUACAAGUUAUACUGCAUUAGUAAUUAGAGCAAAGUUACAAAAAGAUGAAUGGUGUCUUGUUCAUGCUGCAGCGGGUGGUGUUGGUAUAGUUGCUGUUCAAAUUGCAAAGGCGAUCGGUGCCAAAGUAAUUGCUACUUGUGGUUCAAAUGAUAAAUUAGCUAUUGCUAAAAAAUUUGGUGCUGAUUAUGGUGUUAAUUAUAAUGAUAAAGACUGGCAAAAACAAGUACUACAAAUUACUGGUAAACGUGGAGUAGACGUCGUUUAUGAUCCUGUCGGAUUAGUUCAAGCAUCUCUUAAAUUCAUAGCAUGGAGUGGUCGCAUACUCGUGGUUGGAUUCGCCGGCGUUGGUAAUAAUCUUGAAAAGGUCCCUACUAACUUGAUUUUACUUAAAAACACCUCAAUUAUUGGUGUAUAUUAUGGUUCAUAUACAAAACAUGAUCCUGAACGUGUUAUAGAAGUUUGGAACGGUUUAUUUAAAUUAUUUGCUGAAAAAAAAUUAAAAUCUGUCAUUUAUAAAAAUGCUUAUCAUGGAUUACAUAACGUUAAAUAUGGAUUAAAAGCUAUUGCGAAUAGAGAAACUUAUGGUAAAGUUGUUGUUAUACCUAAUGGAGGAAGAGAUAGUAAAAUUUGA